AUGGGUGUAGUGGAGCAGAGGCUUGUAUCAGGAGCGUACUAUUCUGACUAUAUGGCGUAUGCCCCUGGGGGAGGGACAGCCCCUGGGGGAAAUGGGGGGGGUGGAGGCGGAACUGGGAUGGCAGCAGGAGGGGGGAAUGGGGGGGCAGGAGUGGGAGGAGGAGGAGGAGCAGCAGGAGUGGGAGGAGCAGGAGGAGUAGGAGGAGCAGGAGCAGUGGGGUUAGGCGGAAAGGGACAGGAUGUAGGGAAAGAGGGAAAUGCCGCCCAGGCAGCAAAGGGUAGCAACGGAACAGAAGGGAUCAGCAGCAAUGGAACCAUUUCUAUAUGUUUUCUCACACAGAACCCCUCCCACGCCCCUCCUAUCAUCAACUCCCUAGAGAUUCUACCCGUUGACUCAGAAGCUUACGACUCUGCCACCCUCGGCCCAGAUAUUAUCCUCUCGUCUUAUCUCCGGAUCAACAUGGGCGGCGGGCAGGUUGGGCCCGAGCCUCAGGACCCGGGGUUCCGAACCUGGAUUGCGGAUGUGGUUUGGGAGAAGGAGAUGGCUCGGCUCGGGGGAGAUCCCUUUGCAAACCACAGCCACCUCAACAGCAUGGUUCAACAACAGGAGUACGAGCAUGGAGGGCAGCACGGAGAGCAGCACAUGCAGCACAUGCAGCACAGGCGAGUGCUCACAGGAUUAGAUCCCCAAGGCACAGCCGGAGCAGCAGGGGCAGCAGGGGCAGCAGGGGCAGCAGGGGUAACCGGAGCAACAGGAGCAGCAGGAGCAGCAGGAGCAGCAGGAGCAGCAGGCACACUUCCUCCUCCUCCUCCUCCUCCUUCCCCAGGAGCGCAAAUCACGGGGUUCCGGAUGGCUCUGAUACCAGCGCACGUGUCGAACCUCUGGUACAUGCGCUUCUACUUUGCCGAGAUGAACUUGACUGCCAAGGUGGGCGACCGGCGGUUUGACAUCCUGCUGGGGAGCGGCCGUCGGGUGGUGGCUCUGGGGAAUAGAGUCGGACUGCUGGACGGGCGAGGUGAGAAGGGUAGUGGGAGUGCUGGUGCUGGUGCUGGUGCUGGUGCUGGUGCUGCUGGUGGUGCGGCUAACUCGGCAGCAGAAGCAGCAUUAGGAUCGUCAUCGUCAGCAGCAGCGGCAGCAGCGGAAGCAUCGUCGGAUUUCGACAUUCUCUCGCACGUGCCGCCCCGCACGGCCCUCAUCGUCCCCCUCCUCUUCAACUUCUCCCGCUUCUCCCACGGCCGUUCAGAGGACCUCGAGGUAGGUGUGCGCACAGCAGCCAAUAGCACGCUGCCAGCUGUCCUGAGUGCUGUGGAGCUCUUCGAAGUGGUGCCGGUGUCCUUGGAGAAAGAGGAGGGAGAGGAGGGAGGAGAGGAGGUGAAUGUGGUACAAGGUGGAGGAGGGGGGACUGCAGCAGCAGCAGCAGCAGUGAGUGCAGCAGAAGCAUCGCCACCGGUCGGAAUAAGCAAUGGUGAGUACAGUGCCAGUGGAGUGGGAGGAACGACUUUUGACGUGCCUCGCUUCCUUGAAGGAACGACUUUUGACGUGCCUCGCUUCCUUGAAGGAACGACUUUUGACGUGCCUCGCUUCCUUGAAGGAACGACUUUUGACGUGCCUCGUUUCCUUGAAGGAACGACUUGUGACGUGCCUCGUUUCCUUGAAGGAACGACUUGUGACGUGCCUCGCUUCCUUGAAAGAACGACUUUUGACGUGCCUCGCUUCCUUGAAGGAACGACUUUUGACGUGCCUCGCUUCCUUGAAGGAACGACUUUUGACGUGCCUCGCUUCCUUGAAGGAACGACUUUUGACGUGCCUCGCUUCCUUGAAGGAACGACUUUUGACGUGCCUCGCUUCCUUGAAGGAACGACUUUUGACGUGCCUCGCUUCCUUGAAAGAACGACUUUUGAGGUGCCUCGCUUCCUUGAAGGAACGACUUUUGACGUGCCUCGCUUCCUUGAAGGAACGACUUUUGACGUGCCUCGCUUCCUUGAAGGAACGACUUUUGACGUGCCUCGCUUCCUUGAAGGAACGACUUUUGAGGUGCCUCGCUUCCUUGAAGGAACGACUUUUGACGUGCCUCGCUUCCUUGAAGGAACGACUUUUGACGUGCCUCGCUUCCUUGAAGGAACGACUUUUGACGUGCCUCGCUUCCUUGAAGGAACGACUUUUGAGGUGCCUCGCUUCCUUGAAGGAACGACUUUUGACGUGCCUCGCUUCCUUGAAGGAACGACUUUUGACGUGCCUCGCUUCCUUGAAGGAACGACUUUUGACGUGCCUCGCUUCCUUGAAGGAACGACUUUUGAGGUGCCUCGCUUCCUUGAAGGAACGACUUUUGACGUGCCUCGCUUCCUUGAAGGAACGACUUUUGACGUGCCUCGCUUCCUUGAAGGAACGACUUUUGACGUUCCUCGCUUCCUUGAAGGAACGACUUUUGACGUGCCUCAAGAGUCGCUUGCUGCCAGACCUGGAGCGACUAAUGAAAGGCAACUGCCGGAACGACUUUUGACGUGCCUCGCUUUUGAAGGAACGACUUUUGACGUGCCUCGCUUCCUUGAAGGAACGACUUUUGACGUGCCUCGCUUCCUUGAAGGAACGACUUUUGACGUGCCUCGCUUCCUUGAAGGAACGACUUUUGACGUGCCUCGCUUCCUUGAAGGAACGACUUUUGACGUGCCUCGCUUCCUUGAAGGAACGACUUUUGACGUGCCUCGCUUCCUUGAAGGAACGACUUUUGACGUUCCUCGCUUCCUUGAAGGAACGACUUUUGACGUGCCUCGCUUCCUUGAAGGAACGACUUUUGACGUGCCUCGCUUCCUUGAAGGAACGACUUUUGACGUGCCUCGCUUCCUUGAAGGAACGACUUUUGACGUGCCUCGCUUCCUUGAAGGAACGACUUUUGACGUGCCUCGCUUCCUUGAAGGAACGACUUUUGAGGUGCCUCGCUUCCUUGAAGGAACGACUUUUGACGUGCCUCGCUUCCUUGAAGGAACGACUUUUGACGUUCCUCGCUUCCUUGAAGGAACGACUUUUGACGUUCCUCGCUUCCUUGAAGGAACGACUUUUGACGUGCCUCGCUUCCUUGAAGGAACGACUUUUGACGUGCCUCGCUUCCUUGAAGGAACGACUUUUGACGUUCCUCGCUUCCUUGAAGGAACGACUUGUGACGUGCCUCGCUUCCUUGAAGGAACGACUUUUGACGUGCCUCGCUUCCUUGAAGGAACGACUUUUGACGUGCCUCGCUUCCUUGAAGGAACGACUUUUGAGGUGCCUCGCUUCCUCGAAGGAACGACUUUUGACGUGCCUCGCUUCCUUGAAGGAACGACUUUUGACGUGCCUCGCUUCCUUGAAGGAACGACUUUUGACGUUCCUCGCUUCCUUGAAGGAACGACUUUUGACGUGCCUCGCUUCCUUGAAGGAACGACUUUUGACGUGCCUCGCUUCCUUGAAGGAACGACUUUUGACGUUCCUCGCUUCCUUGAAGGAAUGACUUUUGACGUGCCUCGCUUCCUUGAAGGAACGACUUUUGACGUGCCUCGCUUCCUUGAAGGAACGACUUUUGACGUGCCUCAAGAGUCGCUUGCUGCCAGACCUGGAGCGACUAAUGAGAGGCAACUGCCGGUGAGUGGAACGACUUUUGAGGUGCCUCGCUUCCUCGAAGGAACGACUUUUGAGGUGCCUCGCUUUCUUGAAGGAACAACCUCGUUCCUUGAAGGCUCGUUCCCUCGCUUGCACUCUUCUCCUCUCUCCUGGUGUGUCUCCCCCCUGCCCCCUUCAGAACCCGGCUCCACUCCCCCCCUUUCCCCCAUCCCUCCCCUCACCCGCGGCUCCAUCUUUGGUGGGGGGAUAAUCCAUCUGGUGUGUCAGACGCCUCUCCAUCUCGCCGUGGCGGAGGGGCACCUCGAGGCGCUCCGCUUUCUCCUGGACUGGAGGGGGCAGUGCGGCGGGGCAGAAGUGAAAGCAGACGUGGAAGCGCGGAACAUGUUCGGCGAGACCCCUGUGCACGUGGCGGCCAAGAGCAGCAACGCGGACGCCAUUGGGCUGCUGCUACGAGCAGGCGCACGGGCGGACGUCGCUGCCACGAACGGUAUGACGCCUGUCCAUCUCGCCGUGUGGGCUGCUGUCCAAUCUACUAGUAGCAACACUGGCAGCGACACUGGGGAGCUCUCCCCCCGACCACUCUCCCCCUGCUCCCCUCGUCCGCUCUCCCCCCUGCCCCUCUCCCCUCGACUGCUUUCCCCGAGCGCCUAUGGUUCGGCCUUCCCCACCUGCCCGCCCCCCACACCAUCGUCGCCCACCAGUUUCGACUCCCUGCCUGCAGCUGCUGCUGCCUCUGCUUCUGGUUCUGCUGCUGCGGACGGGUGUAUGCUCUCCCCGUCUGCUGCUGCUGCUGCUGCUGCUGCUGCUGCUCCUGGUGCUGGUUGUUCUGGUGUAAAUGGUGGUGGUGCUGCUGGUGGAGUGAAGGGUGGUGGCAGCAGGGAGUGUGGUGGGGGAGUGGUGGCGGCUGUGGCAGUACUGCUAGAAGCCAAUGCAGACCCGUGUGCUGUUGAUAAGGACGGCAACACGCCCAUGGCGCUGCUUCCUAGUCGAGCCGCACGGUGCUCUGUGUGCCGGGAGGUGCAGGCACUGCUGCAACGACACAUCAGCAGGCGAACGAGGCUGCAGGCUGAACUGGCGGUGCAUGGAGCAAAGCUGGUAAUGGAUCAGCUAGAAAAGGAGCUAUCCUCGUUAGUAGGCCUCCACUCGUUAAAGCAGCAGCUAAGGACAUGGGGAAAGGGUCUCCUACUGGACCAAAGGCGCCGGGCACUUGGGCUGCCCGUCCCUCCCCGCCGCGCCCCACACAUGGCUUUUCUGGGCAGCCCGGGCACCGGAAAAACAACCGUGGCGCGGGUGCUUGCCCGGAUGCUGGCGCUGGUGGGUGUUUUACCCUUGAAUAAGGUUAUAGAGGUGCAAAGAACGGAUUUAGUUGGGGAAUAUGUGGGGCAUACGGGUCCGAAAACGAGGAGGAAGAUCGAGGAAGCAGAAGGAGGGAUUCUGUUCGUCGAUGAGGCGUAUAGGCUCAUGCCGUGUCAAAGGAGUGAAGAGAAAGACUAUGGGAUAGAGGCUUUGGAGGAGAUUAUGACAGUGAUGGAUUCGGGGAAACUGGUGGUGAUUUUUGCGGGGUAUGCGGAGCCGAUGCAGCGGGUUUUCGAGGCUAAUGAGGGGUUUAAGAGGAGGGUUACUAAGUGUUUUACUUUUGAUGAUUUGAGCCCGAGGGAGAUUGCCAGGGUGAUGCUGCUGAAGAUGGGGUAUGGUCAGACAGGGGAGCAGAGGAGAUUGGGAGGUGCGGAGAAGCCGAGUUGUGAGAAUUCUCGCCCUGAGGAGGAGACGCGGAUUCAGCAGAAGGGGGGUGUGUCUGGGGGACAGAGGGAGCAGACGUAUCUAAGGGGAGAGAUGCAAUGGGGAAGUAGCAAGACUGGGGAGCGAGUGGAGGAGCGAAGGAAGGAGGAGAUGGAGCCACAGGGGAAGCAGCGGGAUGCAGGGGCGGAUGAGAGGAAGGGGGGGGGACAGGGCGAGGAGUGUAGCAGUCUGGGUGGGAGGGGGACGGCAUGUGACUGUAACGAGCGGUGUGGUAACCGCAGCAGCUGUGCGGCUUCGGAUGGCAGCAUCAGGAACGACAGUGAUGGGCCGGCAGGAGGCGGAGGGAGUAUGCCCUGUGUAGCUGAUGGUUCCAUCAAGCAGCAACUGCAAGGAGAGGAAGUGGGGAAAUGGCCGGUUGGAGUGGAGGCGGGUGGAAGAGGAGGGGAUUUUGCGGAUGGAAGCAGUGGCAUUAUUACCAAUGAGAGCGGGAGUGGGAGUGGGAAUGGGAGCGGUGGGAGCAAGGAGGAGAUUGAAGCUGCAGAUGACACGGACAUGUCUCCGCUUACUGGCUUCAGGCUCCACUCCUCAUGUUCAGAAGAGGCAUUGGCAGAGGCGAUCAUAGCACACACGACAGCGAAGCAGCGCAAGGAGAGGAACGGAGGCAUGGCGGUGCCGGUGCUGCUGGAUGCCCGAGACCAUCUGGACCUGCGGCUGCCUCUGGACUGCUGCUGCGAGGACGAGCUGAUGACAAUCCACAUGCACGACAUUGAAGGUGCUUUAGGGAUGCUGCCACCGUGA